AUGGAAGAUUCUGAUAAUCCUGACUCUCAAAAUAGCUAUAUUACAAUCGUAAUUAUCAUACUGGGGAUCAUUUACACUCUAUUAUUCUUUUUCGCGCUCUUCAGAUCUUGGAAAAUAAGAACUGAUUAAGUUUACAUUCGGGUGUUUUACUUUUUUGUCUGUAUCCAAAUUUGCCUCAACGCUAUGCUUUUCUGGGUUAUGUUAAUUGUAAAGUUCUAUGAUAAUACUGCCCUCAAUAAGUUUAUGGUUGGACUAUCCUCAUUGAUAAUCGUAGUAGUUGUAAUUCUGAACAUUGUAUAUGUGAUCCUCUCUUGCACUAUCAAGGAUACUUAUGAGUAAUUCUUCACUAUUUAUCAAAGCUCUUGGCUUGUUCUAAUUGUUUGGUUCAUAUUGUCUUCUACUGUAGUUUAUAUUAAGUAAUCAGGAACACCUUAUAAAUCAGAUUAGCAUAGACUUAACCUAAGAUAUAUUGCUCUUGUGUUUGGCUUUUGGACUUUGGCUUUCUUGAUUAAAGUUAUAUUUGCCAUGAUAGGAGAUAAGUCUAUUGAUGCUACCUCUGAUAUUACUAUGAUGCAGGCCAUAUUUCUCAUAGUAGUUAAUGUAGUUUGCGAUGUACUCCCUUAUUUUUCUGUCUUAGAAAUUAAAUUCUUGGAAUUAUUUAGAAGGGUAAGAUAAGUUAAAAAAGAAAAAUCACCAUUACUAGGAAAUAGAUCUCCUAUAACUAAUUAAGAUCGUCAAGCUGCGUUAAAUGCUAUUUUUGAAUAUAAAGAAUCAAAAGAAAGCAUUGGUGGGUUAAAUACUUCAGGUGAAAAGACAAAUUCUAUUAGAGAAUAGGGAUUUAUAAACAACUUAAAUGAAAGUUAUUAGCUCUAAAAAUCUCAAGCUCAAGAUUUCUGUCUUAUUAAUGAGAAGUUGCUGAAUUAGCAUAUUCAUAUUAGGCAAAUAUCAGUUCAAAAUAAUGAUAAGUCCCUUAUUUAGUAAAAACUUGAACUUAAGUCCAAGAAUUUUUAGACUCUAGAGCUGUUUAACAAAACUUGGUAUUCAUCUUAGAAGGAUAAAAAGAAUAAAUUGGGAGUUUUUUAUAAGGCAUCUCUCUAUUAAGAGAUUGUGCUCUGUAGACAAGUAAAUUUUGACAGAAUGACAAAUUACAUACUAGAAGACUACUUUAUAGAGUUAUGCAUUCUAGAUUAGAUUAAAAUUAGAUCAAGUUUAGUUCCUGUACUUGGAUACUAUAUCAAAGAUUAGAGCUUAAUGAUAUUUUAACCUGAGAUGCUUUCUUUAUUUGAACUGUUACACAGUAAGGAUAAAGAAGAUCUGAGAAGGCAACUAGAUGCCAAGGAAAAGUAUAACAUUAGUUUUGAGAUUUCUAAGAUCUUGUAUACUUUGCAUUAAUUUAACCCACCCUUUUGCCAUGGACAUAUAAGCUCUCACAACAUAUUUUUAGAGCUUAAAGCCAAUAAUUCUAUUAAAAAUUGUAGAGUCAAAUUAGGAGAUUUAGAGCUCAUGCCUCUGCUUAAGUAUGCGAAUACUUUCUAUAAGUAUUCCAAUUCCAGUGUUUGGUCAGCUCCUGAAUGUCUUUAGAAUCCCAAAAAGUAUGUAGAACCUACAAGACAUAUGGAUGUCUACUCGUUCGGUAUGUUAUUAUGGGAACUCUGGCAUGAAACUAUUCCAUUCGAUAAUGAUUUAAAGUUAUGUCAGCAAUAUGUAGUCUAAGAGGAUUCAAGACCUAUGAUUCAAAUGAUCGAUAAAUAUGAUAAGUAGCCACUAUAGACUGAUUAAAAGUAUUGUGAUGAAUAAAUUGCCAAGGUCAUCAGACUUUGCUGGCAAUCAAACCCUGAAAACAGACCAAAUAUCAACUUUCUUUGCGACCAGAUCUCAAGAUAUCAAUCUCCUUAAUCUUGA